AUCUCUUCACCUUCAUCACGACUGAAUCCUCCAUAACCCUAAUAUCCCUGUAAAGACUGCAAAUGAAUCGUCCCACCUUCAAUUUUCCUCUCAAAUCCCCCUUACGUUCUCACUCCACCCUCUGCCGGCGACAGUGGUUCCAGGGGCUGUGGUAUUGGUGGUCGUCAAAGGCCAACGGCUAGGGUUUGCCAUGAAACACUGUAGUUAUCGAAUUACACUCUAUAUUUGCUGAAGAUUUUUGAUCGAUUCUGUCUAUUGUAGCAAGGAUGUUGGUUACUUAUUUUCAUCUUUUUAGAUUUCAACAAGUUUGUUCCUCGUCAACACCUUGAAUUGCAUAUAUCGAUAUGUUUGAAAUUGAAACAAGUUCCUUUUCAUCUUUCAUUAGCAACAUGUUUCUUCAUCGCUUCUUCUUUUCUUUUCACUUUCUUUCAUAGGCUUGAGCUCUUUGCCAUGAAGCCUUAUGUAACAAACCAAAAAAUCUUUAUUCUAUGCAGGGGUUAUCAAAUAGGAGGACUGGAACUACAAGUAUAAACAUGGAGAGCUCGUGCUCACAUAGUGUUUUCACUUGUGUUAUUGAAUCAAAAUGCAAGGAAGGUCAAGGAUUUAAUUGUUCUGAAUAUCUUCAGGCUGACUUGUUAGACAUAUACUGUCUAUCGUUACUCGUCAAUAAAUUUUUAUGUCGAAACCCUUAUACCAUCGUGCAUGUUCUUUAUAUAAUUGAAACGAGGCGAACGACACAGCGGGCUGGUGAAAAUACACUUAUUUGUGUCAAAAAUCAGCAAUGCAAUGAAAAUGGGCACCCUUUCCAAAUCAGGUCACAAAAACAGAAGCUGAGUGGGGCACCUGGAGAACAUUUAUCACUCUCACAACUUGGCGUUGAUACCACUGCACCUACGUUUGCCGCCACCGGUCUACUCUUCACGAAUAGGUACCAAAAUUACUUUCUUCUUCCUUACAAACUUUGUUUUGUAAUUUUUACAGCCACCACUCGCCGUGACAGCCACCUGGAACUGCUGUCGUUGGUUCGAAUCGCCUUCUUUCACUGUUCGACACAACGCCGCUGGCAACUAUCCAUUAUUCAAGGUAUUAAUUCUGAUCUGGUUCAUCACAUAUGUUCUAUAGGCCUACGUUCGUUUCCAGCGACUACUCAAUCUGAUAUUGGUUUACACAAGAUGAACAAACAUACUAUUAUGUUUCAAGAAAAAAAUAGAGUUUUGUUUGUUCGUUUUUCUGCUACUGUGUAUAUAUCGAGAUAUGAUUUGUGUGUGUUAACAAUUAGUAUCCAUUGUGAUCGUUGUUGUUGCGAAGUCGCUCAAAGCCUCAAACUACAAAGUGGUGUUGCAUAGAGUCCUUCAACAAUCGACACGUUCUAAAUCAUUUGUUUUGGAUUCGUCUCGCCCACUAAUUAAGCAUGAUGAACAUGUGGAACGUUAUGUUGGAAUCACAUGAAAUUCAAAACAAAAUCAUGUCUGAAGUCAAACUGUUUACAUGUCCAACAAAAUUUUUUUUCCAGAGACACUUUCACUGCUGCUGAGAAGUUUAGAAGAGAAUUAGAGUUUUAUAAAAAGGUUGUGAUCCGUUAGAUUUACAAGUCGGGAAUGGAACAUCGGUCAGUCUGCAGUCCACGUCACUGUUUGAUCAGCAUCCUGUGACAAGGUUCAUAUGUAUUUCUGUAAUAUCAGCUUAAUGAAAUAAUAUGACUUAAAUAGUUACAUUAGACACUACCACUGUGUUCCCAAGUUUCAUUAAAUGAGAGAAAAGAAAAGAUUUGGAAGGAAAUAAUUUUUUAUUGUGUUCCAGAGUUUCAUUAAAGGAGAGAAAAUAAGAGAAAACGAGAGAUUUCAUCAAAAAAAUUUGCAGAAUCAAAAAAAGAACUGGACGCACUUUUGUCCGAUGAAUUAUUAGCUACGGUACCUUUCUUGAUUCUUGGCAACAAGAUUGACAUCCCUUAUGCUGCCUCAGAAGAUGAGCUUCGACACUUUCUGGGCCUAACUGGUUUGACCAUGGGCAAGGGUAAGGUAAAUCUUGAAAGGCCCCUCGAGGUGUUCCAUGUGUAGCAUUGUAAGGAAAAUGGGUUAUGGUGAUGGGUUUAAGUAGGUCUCUUAGUACAUCAAGUGAAGUAAAAAGAAGUGAUUUGGUUUGAUAUGUUUGAAAAGUGUUGUUUUCCAGUAGUGGAGCAAGUGUUUGCAAAUACUUUGUUACAUACAUGUUUGUCAGUUUGUGUAUUGGUAACUUUGGUUAUGGAAGUGAUAAUUUUUACCAAUUAUUCAA